ACCACCGAAACCCCUCCCGCCCGCCUUAAAAGCCGCGAGUGCGAAAGGAAGCGCUCAGUAGAGGGAGACAGAGGCUACGAGAGGGGAAGUAGUGCUGAAGUCAUUCAAACUUCUGUCACAUCCACGGAGGGGGUAUAAACAAGCUAGUGCAGCACCCCAAGCCCCCCUUCAGCCCACAAACACCACACUGAGCCACAGGCCUCGCUGGAGGGGUUUUAUAAUGAGACAUAUGAGCGUCAAGCCCCUAUAAAUAUCCUCCUUUCUAGGGCUGGAGAAUACGGGAGGCCACAAGGCGGUCACACAAAGAGGGGAUGGGGCUGUGGAAGAGACACAUUGGCUGCUAGUGUCAGGGAAGUGCCCCCCCUUCAUAUCUCGUACUCUGUCCGGCCUGGGUGAAGGGGACUGGCCCAUGUAGAUGCAGCAAUAUGCCCAUUUUACUUUUCCUGCUAGAUACGUCCGCUUCCAUGAACCAGCGCAGCCACCUGGGCACUACCUACCUGGACAUAGCUAAAGGCGCUGUAGAGACUUUCAUGAAGCUCAGGUCUCGGGAUCCUGCCAGCAGAGGAGACAGGUACAUGCUGGUCACUCUGGAGGAGCCUCCAUUUGGGAUCAAGGCUGGUUGGAAAGAAAAUCAUGCUACCUUUAUGAACGAGCUGAAAAAUCUUCAAGCUGUGGGACUCACUACACUUGGUCAAGCCCUAAGGACAGCCUUUGAUUUGUUAAAUUUAAAUAGAUUAGUAACUGGCAUAGACAACUAUGGACAGGGAAGAAAUCCUUUCUUCUUGGAGCCUGCGAUCAUUAUUGCAAUAACAGAUGGAAGUAAACUUACAUCCAACAGUGGUGUUCAAGAGGAACUCCACUUGCCUUUAAAUUCUCCAUUACCUGGAAGCGAGUUAACAAAAGAGCCAUUUCGGUGGGAUCAGAGACUUUUUGCCUUAGUCCUUAGGAUACCUGGAGCAACGUCUGCUGAGCAAGAGCAGAUGACUGCUGUCCAGGUGGAUGAAUCUUCAAUCACUCCUAUGUGUGAUGUUACUGGAGGUCGCUCUUACUGUGUGUUCUCGCAGCGAAUGUUGAAUCACUGCCUGGAGUCAUUGGCACAAAAAGUUCAAAGUGGUGUGGUGAUAAACUUUGAAAAAUCUGGACCUGAUCCUCCACUUUCUGAUGAUGGAAUUACAGAUAACAUCAAGCCAGUUGGAGUCCAGCCUUGGCACAGCUGUCGGAAAUUAAUUUAUGUUCGACCAAAUCCCAAAACUGGCGUCCCUCUUGGUCAUUGGCCAGUGCCAGAAUCCUUCUGGCCAGAUCAGAAUUCUCCAACACUACCCCCGCGGUCCUCCCAUCCCAUUGUGAAGUUUUCCUGCACAAAUUCUGAACCGAUGGUCAUAGAUAAGCUGCCAUUUGACAAGUACGAGUUGGAGCCAUCGCCUCUGACGCAGUACAUUUUGGAGAGGAAAUCACCACAUACGUGUUGGCCUGUUUUUGUAACAAACAGUGCCAAGUACAGUGAACUUGGGCAUCCUUUUGGCUACUUGAAAGCAAGCACUUCCCUGAACUGUGUCAACUUGUUUGUAAUGCCUUACAACUAUCCCGUUCUUCUCCCGUUAUUAGACGACUUGUUUAAAGUGCACAAGGCAAAACCAUCUUUAAAGUGGAGGCAGCUUUUUGAAAACUACUUGAAAACAAUGCCACCAUACUAUAUUGGACCUCUAAAGAAGGCACUAAAAAUGAUGGGUGCUCCAAACCUCAUUCCCGAAAACAUGGAAUAUGGAUUAAGCUACAGCGUCGUCUCCUACCUCAAAAAACUUAGCCAACAGGCCAAAAUAGAAUCUGAUCGAGUUAUAAGCUCCAUAGGGAAAAAAUAUCCACAGGAAACCAGUAUUAAAGUAAGAAAUGGCAAAAUGUUACCUUCAUUGGCUGCCCGAAGUGAUUUUAAAGAACUACUGCAGGAAAUUACAGGUGAAGUGCCACAGAGGCAGUUAGAUGUAAAUGUGAAGGAGUUUCCUGGCUUCCAGAUAGCCCUGCUGAAUAAGGAUAUGAAACCACAGACUUUUAGAAAUGCCUAUGACAUAUCUAGAAGCGGUCUCCUGGAUCAUCUGACAAGAAUGAGGACAAAUCUUCUCAAAACACGCAAGUUCUUCAGCGUACAAGACGAAGAUCACGUGCAUAGUGUACCCAUAGUUCAAAUGGGAAAUUACCAGGAAUUUUUAAGGAACAUCCCUUCACCCUUAAGAGAGUUAGAUGCUGACCAGCCAAGGAGACUACAUACAUUUGGAAAUCCAUUUAAACUGGACAAAAAGGGUAUGAUGAUUGAUGAAGCAGAUGAAUUUGUAUCUGGUCAUCAAAGCAAGCAGAAGCGCCCAGGAGAGCCUAGCAUGAUGGGCAUCCCAAAGAGGAGGCGAUGUAUGUCACCGCUGCUACGAAGCCGGCCCGUGUCGCCUGUUGUAAACAAUCACAUAGAGGAAAAAGCAUCCCCAUCUCUCACAGAGGAUUCACCAGAAUUGCUGAAAACAGAUGAUGGAGAUAAAAAGUAUGAACCGAUCUUUGCUUUGCUACAAGAAGUACAAGGUAGUCUGCAAACACGGCUUUUCUUCUUGCAGAGUGUUAUCAAAGAGGCAGCAAGAUUUAAAAAACGAAUGUUGAUCGAGCAGUUGGAAAAUUUUCUAGAAGAGGUCCACAGAAGAUCGAACCAGAUGAACCACUUCAGCAGCUGUUAAAUGGUCUCAAGGAAACCCUUGUAUGCUGGUGGGCACAAGGUGUGCCCAGGAAGGGUGAUGGUUGCCACAAUCAUCUAUACCAUCUUUACAAUGACUAGUUGUACCCUUAAUAUGCUUCCAUUUUUUUCUUCUAUGGAAAUAAUGAUGCCUUCAUUAUGGAGUAUCGGAAAGUUUUUAGAAGUUCCUAGCGGUCACUGACCAGCUAUGCUGAUCUUUCUCAGGUUCCACAGCUGACACUUAGACUCACAUUUAAGUUCACUCACUGGCUAGGAUUAAUGUCUUUUGCCAAAAUCUGAUCGGGCUUCUCUCACGGUUCCACAACUGGUUUUGGCAUCGGAAGUGUGAACUCUCUGCAUUCGACAUGUACGCUGGACAACAGACCUUUUAAAUGCAGUCCCAGGUUUGUAAUUAAAACAUAGCUAGGCAGAAGCACAGAUGUUGAAACAAGGUAAUAUUUUGUACAUAAUUAUUUUGAAUAUAUUGUAAGUUGUACAGUUGUAUUUUGAAAACUAUUUAAAGAGGCUCUUUUGUUAUUCCAUCAAUAAAAAAAGCUCUAUUUUAAUAUUUUUGCAAACUCUAUAUUAUGAAUCUGUAUUUUUGUAUUUCCUGGCUGAGAACUGCAUAUUAUUCAGUGUCAUUUUGU